AUGGUUGGCGGCUCGUGCGCUCGCAGGUUGGCCCGCCGCUCGCGUUCCGCCUUGAUAGCGGCUCUCACCGUGCUGCUGGUCCAGACGCUGAUAGUGUGGAACUUCAGUAGCCUCGAUUCCGGGGAAGAACGGGAAAACGGCGGCGGUGGCGCGUCGAACAUGAGGGAGAAGAGAGACCGGGUCGGCGGCGGUGGCUACAAAGGCAGCAGCGAGUAUAUGAAGCGCGAGGUUCAGCUACAGCACCAUCCUCCACAAGGGAAAGGAACGGUUCGUCACAUACAGCAGCCGGAUGGCUACUAUUCCCACCGCCCCAAGGAGAAAGUCAGAGUGGACAGCAACAAUGAGAACUCUGUGCCCAAAGACUUUGAGAACAUAGACAAUAGUAACUUUGGCGCCCGUUCGCAGCCCCAGCGCCAGCCCCCAGGGGGCGCUAACAGUAACAAACACAGGGAGAGGCUGCAGGAGAAGGCCCAUGCCGAACAGGCAACCUGGAAGGAUAACGCUCCGAUUCUGAGCCGGAGCUCCAACGAGGUUCUCCAGUACGGACGAGCCAGCCAGGGUCAGGCUCAGACUUACCCCCAGUCGCAGUCCCACCCCCCGACUCAACAUAGACACCAACACCAGCAUCAAACCAAGAAGCAGGCGACUGCGGCUCCAUUGGAGGUCGUUUACGACCAGCCGCCCAAGUGUGAGAUCAGUGGGAAGGAAGCCAUUUCGGCUCUGUCCAGAGCCAAGACCAAGGAGUGCCGGCAGCAGAUAGCUGAAGUGUACUGCAGACACAAGGAAGGUCAACUGAUGCCUGAGAAGGUCACCCGCUACUGUCCCAUAGAGGGUAAGGCCAAUGCCAACGUGGUGUGGGAGGAGGACUCGUCAGAGGGCCCACCGUCGGCCCCCGUCAGGAUAGCCUUCGUCCUGGUGGUCCACGGCAGAGCCUCACGACAGUUCCAGAGACUUUUCAAGGCCAUCUACCACACCUCACACUACUACUAUAUACAUAUAGACCAGCGCUCCAACUACCUUCACAGACAGGUGCAGGCCCUGGCCUCCCAGUACCCCAACGUGAGGGUGACACCCUGGAGGAUGGCUACCAUCUGGGGCGGUGCCAGCCUGCUCACCAUGUACCUCCGCAGCAUGGCAGACCUCAUCACCAUGACCGACUGGAGCUGGGACUUCUUCAUCAACCUCAGCGCUGCAGACUACCCCAUCAGAACCAACAGCCAGCUGGUCGCCUUCCUGUCCAAGUACAGAGACAUGAACUUCAUCAAGUCCCACGGCAGAGACAACGCCAGGUUUAUCCGCAAACAAGGUCUGGACCGGCUUUUCUUUGAGUGCGACACCCACAUGUGGCGACUUGGCGACCGCAAAAUCCCAGAAGGCAUUUCUGUGGACGGCGGUUCUGAUUGGUUCCUGCUCAAUCGUCCGUUCGUGGAGUACGUUAUAAACUCCCAAGAUGACCUGGUCACCAACAUGAAGCGCUUCUAUACCUACACACUGCUGCCCGCCGAGUCGUUCUUCCACACGGUGCUGGAGAACAGUGCUCACUGUGAGAGCAUGGUGGACAACAACCUGCGUAUCACCAACUGGAACAGGAAGCUGGGAUGUAAGUGUCAGUACAAACACAUAGUGGACUGGUGCGGCUGCUCCCCCAACGACUUCAAACCUGCCGACUUCCACCGCUUCCAGCAAACGGCCCGUCCUACGUUCUUCGCCAGGAAGUUUGAAGCCAGUGUUAACCAGGAGAUAGUGAACCAACUAGAUGGCUACCUGUUUGGACCUAUGCCCCGGGGGACCCCUGGCCUCCAGGCCUACUGGGAGAGUGCGUUUGACGAGGUGGACGGGGUCGCGACCCUGAGCGACACACAGCUCACACUCUACCAUGCGUUUGCUCGUAUGGGCCUGGCCAGGGCGGCAGCAUCGCUGCAAGGAGAUCCUAAGGAUGACAGCUGCAGGUAUUUCCCCAUGGGCCACCCGGUGUCAGUGCAUCUCUACUUCCAGUCAGACCAGUUCCAAGGCUACCUGGUCAAGCACCAUGCCACUAACCUGGCAACCAGCAAGCUGGAGACCCUGGAGACCUGGGUGAUGCCCAGGAAGACCUACAAGGUGGCUUCCCCACCCAGCACCUUCACCAGGCUGCAGUUCGCUGAGAUCGGCACGGAGUGGGAUGCCAAAGAGCGCAUGUUCCGUAACUUCGGUGGUCUGAUGGGUCCCAUGGACGAGACCGUCGGGAUGCAGCGGUGGUCCAAGGGCCCCAACGUGACCGUCACCGUGGUGUGGAUCGACCCCACCAACGUCAUCGCUGCCACCUACGAUAUCCUGAUCGACGCCAGCGCAGAGUACACCCACUACCGACCCCCCCUGAACCAGCCUCUCAGGCCUGGGGUGUGGACCAUACGGGUGUUGCAUCACUGGAGCCCCGUGGCCGAGACCAGGUUUCUGAUUAGUCCGCUGGCUUAUAUGAAGCAUCAGCCUAUAAGACAAGAGGACACGCUGAAGCUCCACAACGGACCAGCCAAGAACAGUUAUAUGGAGCAGAGCUUCCAUGGCCUCAACCCCGUGCUCAACAUCCCUGUACACCCGGGCCAGGUGGAGCAGGCUAAGCGCAACGCCGGCCUGACUGGCCCCGCCUUGGAGCACUGGGUAGACGGCCUGGUGGGUGCGAUGUGGGAGGCUGGGGACGUGUGUUCCACCUCCAUGACAGGGGGACCUGGAACAUCCUGCCCCGUCAUGCAGACCUGCGCCAAGACCCCCUGGAGCUCGCUCAGCCCCGACCCCAAGUCCCAGCUGGUCCCGCCGCACGCCGACGGGCGCAUCAGGUAG